AUUUGGUCUCUCACCCAUCAAGACCCCCUCACGCUUCAAGAUUGCAUGCCACAUCUCCGGCUACGUGCAUGAUACCACCGCAACAUGCGAUUACGCCCCAUAUAGAAAACCAGCAUGCUAGUUCCCGAAGCUGAUGUGCUCUUGCCGCUCGACCCUUCGAUCACUGACUCGGACCUCUGGGAGAUCUUUGUACUGAGGGACGCGCAUGUCGUGUACGAAAGCAAUGGGAAGCCUGCGAGUCUCCUCGCCGCAUAUGCCGACACACCGCUGAGGGUGGAGGGGCGCCUCGAGGCUCCAGGCCGCGCGCAAUUAAAGUAUCUCGUCAACAAGCCCUACAAGCCCGUCGAUAUUCAAAUACGAAAUGUCACCAAAUUCUCUUAUGGCGAGACGACGGACGGCGAAUAUGUUAUCUGGGCGCAAGGUGCAGCAGGCUGGUUUGAGAUCCAGCCCACAGCGCAGUACAAGCCCAUCUAUGAGGAUAUGCGCGAAGCGGUUCAGCUUCUCUACUUCGUUACCGAUAUCUAUAACGAACCACGAAAGAAGGGCGGCGGCCCCAAUGCACAGCUGAUAUACAAAGAGUAUGCAGAAGACGACCGAUUUCCAUGCACAGAUCCAGCAGAUGCGGAGAAGAUAUUUAAUAAGCAUCGUAUCUUCCUGACGAUGUGCUUUCUCAAUCGAGCGCAAGGCGUUGGUUGGAGCAAUACACCUAUCUACCAGCAGUUCAGGCGGCAAUAUCCAAAAGACUUUGAUACAUGCAAAGCGCGAAAAGAGGGCCGCUACUCUCAAAUCCAGGUUGAAAAGCAAGCGCAAGCGCAAAAGUCAAAGUCCUCCUCUGCGCCAGUGUCGAAGUGCACAGAGUCAUCUCGAGAUUCGCGACAGGGCCGAGGGAAGACCGCUACGCGACGCACGGAAGAAGCGCCCAAGAAAGACGACAACUGGUGGGAGGCAGCGGCCUUGUUCGAAUUCAUGCAAAAAGCUGUCAAUCACAGAGCUCUACGGCCAGGUCAUAACCACAUAACACUGGAGAAGGUUGCUCAACUCAUUGUCAAACGCUACGAAAUUGAGGAACUGGAAGUGGCGCAGAGUGUGCUCCUGGUGCAUGCUCGGAACCUAUGUUGGAUGAUGGACAACCCGCGGCGAAAAAGCGUACGAUUCUUCGCCGAUGAACCGAUAUAUCAAGAGUUGGCGGCUGGCCAUGAUCUCUCCGCGGCGGAGCAAAGAAGAGCAGAAGGCGUGGAGCUAAGACCUAGGAGAGACCAUGGCACACUCAAGGAGGAGGAGAGCGAAUCAUCAGAUACUUCAGAUGAGGAACAAGACCUAUUAGCAACACCUGCACGCCGACCACCCGGCAGGCGAAAGAAAGGCAGACUCUCCGUCUUGCGACCAACAAGCGCCAAAUUCACCGGCAAGAGCAAAGCAAAAAUCAUGCCGGGUGGGAAACGUAGAGGCAAAAAGCCCGUCUUAGAGUCCGACCCAUCAGACGAUGAAUCCUCCUCAUCCUCAGCCGACCAAAGCGAGACCGCAGCCGAAACCGACUCCAACACACCUACCCAAAUCCUCUCCCCCAGCCGCGACAAGCGCAAACUCGACGAAACAGACACGACCUCAGACCCGCACCCCGACCGCCGAAAACGCACAACCAGCACCUCCCUAACCCUCUCCUCCCCCCCACCAACAACCGCCACAUCUUCCGACUCCGACUCCGACGCGGAUACAAACGACCCCAACGCGCCCAUCCCCCUCCGCCACCGCCCCACACCCACACAAAACACAUCCCCCCCCCUCACCGCCCCCCUCGUCUCCACCCCCCUCCCCACAUACACACCCAACGCCCCCCGCGACUCCUGGCUCUGCACCUUCGACGGCUGCGCCCAGCGCAUCUACGGGUGCAGUAAAGAUGUUGGGCGGCGCCUUAUCACGGAGCAUAUGGAGGAUCAUGCUAAGGGGAGGGAGAAGGUGGUGGGUGUGCUGUGGAGGGAGCAGGAGAGGCUUAGGUUGCCUGUUAGUAAUUUGAUCAAGAAGAUUCGUGAGAUGAGCGAGGGGGGGACGGGGGUGGGGUUGUUUCCUGCAUCUGAAGAGGAAAAGGGGAGGGAGAGGGAGGUGCCGCCUAGACCUGUGCAGAGGUCUGUGUGAAUCGGGGUGGUGGUGUGGGUUAGGUAUAUACACGCCCCGUUUUGCCUUUUGCUGACGUCGAAAGAAGAUUUUUAGUCUUGGGGGGGAGGGGGGGGGAGGGGUUUCUUCAGUCUUUAUAUUCUUCAGAAGUUUCCUGCAUGUCGAAUGAUUACCACAUGAAGACGUG